UAGCAGCACAAGAAAGUAAAAAGGCUUUGCCAAAAAAACAUAGGGCAUAACCGAAUAAUUUGCUUGGAGCCGACUUAUUGAACUGGUAAACUUUAUUCCCAAAACCCCCAAUACCACCCCUUCAAGAACCCUAAUUCUGAAAACCCUCCAACUCUACCCAAAUUCAAUCAAUCAAUUUAGGGGAACAAACAUCAACAGAGAAUUCAAAACUUGAAAUUCAAGCACAGUAAUUCCAGUUGUGUGGAGAGAGAAAAAGCGGAGGAGAGAGAAGAUGUCAUACGACGACGUAGAGAUAGAAGACAUGGAAUGGAACGACGAGCUCCAAUCUUACACUUACCCUUGUCCAUGCGGCGAUCUUUUUCAAAUCUCAAAGGAUGAUCUUCGUCUUGGUGAAGAAAUUGCGCGUUGCCCAAGUUGUUCUCUUUAUAUUACUGUUAUUUAUAAUCUUGAAGAUUUUGUUGACAACAAAAAGAAUAACAAUCUUCAGCCUCCUAAACAACAACCAAUCACCGUUGCUUGAAGAAUUUUGCUAUACUGAAGAAAUCGAGCUUCUAUACCGUGCAGGGUGGCUAAUUUGGAACCUGUGAUUGUCACUAACGGCUGCACAUAGGCAAACGUCGAAGAGUUGAUUUGGAGAAUGCUCUUGGUUUUAGCUCUAGUGCGUUUGCUGUCAUCUUCACCCAGUGAUCAGCAGUCUUUAAACUAAGCUCAUCUCUGAUCCUCACACUAUUAUUGUGCACAUUUCCGUGCCGUUUAUUUCUGUCUUUAAGGUAAUUCCGUCUUGUUCAACUUGUAGUGGACUAGUUCAUUGUUUGGUUUGACAGAACAUUCUCAUGAAAUACAAUUUCCAGUACAAAUACAAUUGUAAAGUUGAUUUCCUUUCUUUGGAGGAAUGGAAAAUUGUAAUGAGAAGGUAAGGAAUAGUGAAGAAAAUGUGGGCAUUCCUUUCUUUAAAAAGAAAUAUUUUCCAUCCUUACGAAAACAAUUUUCACCUUAGGAAAUACUAUUUUCCACCCUUUCAAACCAAACGAAUGAAACGAGAAAGGUACUGUUCGAGGAUAAUUAGACAUUGAUAUAUGGCUCCUCUUGAGCUCUAUGUUUAUUGGUGCUGUAAAGUUACAUAUGGUUGUCAGCAUAACACUACUGUAAAGUAGGAGUAAUUGGUAAGAAUCUGUAAUUGCCCAAGGCAUAAACUCUUUUAGAGACUUGGGUAGAUGUUGAUGUUUAGCUUGUAAUGGAAAACUUUUAGCGGCCAUUUGUGUGGAAAUGGCCAACUUAGAA